AUGCAAACCAGAUUAACUGCUACUUCUGAAAAGUAUCACUGCUCCACAAGUGACUGUAUAGAUUUGUCGGCACCAAUGGCCGAGUUAACUGAUGGAGGCGUGAAAAAGCCUCGAAAGACUAAGAACCAGAUCCGAAGAGAACGAGCAAAGGCUAAGAAGGCAACAGUAGUUACUCCUCGCGCUACAUCGACCGAGGCGGAAAUUCCAGCAAAAAGUGAAGUGCAACCUACUAACGAAGAAAAUGGAUUAGAACAUUAUCCAGAGACCAAUGGGAAGCAAAAUGGGAUUGCCGAUAGCGAAAACACUGGCGAAGUAGACAGCCAAACAGAUCAUAUGAGGCUGGAUGACGAUAUAUCAGCCAACGAACAUAGCACGAGAGAACGACCAGCGCUAACAAAUAUAUUUGAUUCAGAAAUCGACCAGUCUCUUAAUGACCCGCGAUUUGCUCAAUAUAAAUUUAUUUUCGACAAAUUCUACACAGAAGAAAACGUCCCUGAAAAGAGCAAAAAUGCUGGCAGCGAGGAUGAGGAGGGUCAAGUGUUCUACAGUGAUGAUGGCGAAGAUAUUUCAGAUGAUGAAGAUGACCAAGACAACUUACAGGAUGGGAAACACCAAUCAAAAGAAUUGACGAAGAAAAAGUUGAAACAAAUGAGAAAAAUUCCUUUGGCACUGCUCAAAUCGCAUGCCCGUUUCCCUGAGCUUGUUGAAUGGUAUGAUGCAGAUUCUACAGACCCCGACCUAGUUGUUCAACUAAAAACCAGUCGAGGCGUUGUUCCUGUUCCUGAACACUGGCAGCUAAAGAAAGAGUUUUUAUCAACGAAGCGAGGACUUAUGAGAGACCCUUUUGAGCUACCGGAUUUCAUCAAAGAUACUGGAAUCAUGGAUAUGAGAGAUGCUCUCAAAGAAGAUGAGUCCACGUUAAGACAAAAAACUAGAGAGCGAGUACAGCCCAAAAUGGGCCGACUGGAUAUCGACUAUCAAAAGCUACACAAUGCAUUUUUUAAAUUUCAAACAAAACCUAAGCUACUGGGCAUAGGUGAUGUAUACUACGAAGGCAAAGAAAACGAGUUGGAUUUUUCAAAAUACAGACCAGGUAGACUUUCCCAGAGGUUGAAGCAGGCACUAAAUAUACCUCCUGGAGCUCCACCACCAUGGCUUUUGUCAAUGCAAAGAUAUGGUCCACCGCCUAGUUUUCCUGGGUUAAAAAUUCCGGGUCUCAAUGCACCAAUUCCCCCAGGUGCUCAAUGGGGUUUCCAGCCUGGUGGUUGGGGACGAGCACCAUUAGACAGCAAUGGUGCUCCAUUAUAUGGUGGAAACUUGACUGCCUCUGUUGACUCUGAGAAAAAGUCAACUAGCAAUCUAGCUGUUCCUGUAGAGAAGCGACCAUGGGGACAAAUAAUCGAUGAUGAAGAGGAAGAGGAAGAAGAGGACGAGGAGGAAGGAGAGGAAGAAGAAGAGGAAGAGGAGGAUGACGAAGAAGGACAGGGCUACGUUGAUGAGGAUACAGCAGCGGCAGCGGAUCGUGCAGCUGAAACAUCCGGGUUUGAACUGCGAAAAUCCAAGCGGAAUGCCAGAGAAUUGGACGGCGAGGCUCCGGAGGGUGAGUACGGUGAGGACGAAGAUGAUGAUGAUGAAGAUAGACCUACAGUUGUUCCAGAAACAAGCGCAUCAUCCCGACCAAAACAAUUGUUUCAGGUACUUGAAGAGUCAGGUACGGGUGCUGAGCCUGGAUUUAUGGGCCGUCAACGUACUUAUAAUAUUCCCACAGGUUCAGAAUCUCACUCGGAGCCUGCUGGACGCAAACGAAGACGUUUUGAAGAGGCUGUGCCACCUGAUGAAAAAGAUCGUGAGCAAUUCCAAUCGAGUCUCGACAGUCUGCUAGCGUCAGCAAAGUCGAAUGCUGACCGGUAG